UCACCCUAGCAACUGACGUCACCAAGUCCUGACAACAACAAGCAUCCAAGGUGGCCGCCAAAGGAAGAGUUUGUUACCCAAACUGAUUCGGUUUAUAUAGAGUUCCUGUUGUGUUAGGACACUAUAAAGCUGCCAUAAUGACCACUACUAGGAGGAAUCUGACCUCCUAUGACAGGGAGAGGCAGCUGGAACAGAGUAGACGACAAGGAGAAAUACGAGAAGAUACCAUUAAACGCCUCGGUCAGGAGCGACUCUUAGAAGCUAAUAUGACUAAUGAACGCAAAUUAACAGAGAAAAGAUACCUACGGAACCUAAUGAAAGAUCAAAAAGAAAUGGAAAUGGAGGAAUCUAUUCUAAAGGCCCAACGUGACCGAAUCAUCAGAGAGGAACAGCUCGUCCAGGAAGAGCGACUUGCAAAGGAGAUGGAGAGAAGAAAACUAGAUUCUAUGAGGGAUGAAAAAAUGAGACAACAGAUCAGAGAAACAAGUCUUGAAUUACGAGAAUUAGAGGCCAAAUUGAAGUCAGCUUAUAUGAACAAGGAGCGAUCGGCACAAAUUGCUGAGAAGGAAGCUCUUAAAUUUGAUAAAGUGAAACGUGAUGCGGAGAUCUCACGGAACAUGAAAGAGGAACAUGAUCGUGCCGAGGAGGCAGAUAUACAACGCCAGAAGGAACAGUACCGGGAACAGAUCCGGUACCAACAGGAACUGGAACGCCAGCUGGAGGAACAGGAACACAAAAAACAACAGGCUUAUGAGGAGUUCCUCAAGGAGAAACUCAUGAUCGACGAGAUCGUCCGCAAGAUCUACGAGGAAGACCAGAGAGACAGAGAGCUCGCACUCGCCAAACAGAAGUCCACACAGAAAUAUAUAGAAGAAUUCAAAAACGCACGCGAAGAAUGGAAAGUCCUGGAGAGGAAGAGAAUGGAGGAAGAAAACAGAAAUAUCCGUGCCUUCGCUCGGCUACAAGAGGAUAGAGAGAAGGGUAGAAUGGAAUCAAAGAAGGCCAAAGAAGAUGCAAUGGCUCGGGUCCAGGGAGCGUUGGCAGAGGAGAUUUCCAGACAGGAUGCCGAGAGGGAGGAGAUGGAGCGUGUCCGUAUGGAACUCUACCUGGAAGAACAGGAGGAGAGGGAAAGAGUAAAAGAGAAGAGUGAUAUAGAAGCAAGGAUACGACAGAAGAUUGAAUUACAACAGACACAUGCUCAACAAAUGCACUUCAAGAACCUCAGGAAGGCAGCCCAGGAGGAAGAGGAAGAGGAAUUCAGAAAACAGAUGCUGGCCAAAUUCGCGGAGGACGACCGCAUAGAACAGAUGAACGCCGCGAAGCGCCGCAUGAAACAGCAAGAACACAAACGUGCCGUCGAUCAACUUAUCGACGACAGACGUUUCCAGUUUGCUGCCGAUCGCGAGAGGGAGGUCAUGGAACGUCGCGAAGAGGAGAGGAUGGAACAAUUCAAGAGACAGAUAGUCGAGGAGGAAAGACAGAAGUUAUUACGCGAGCACGCCAUGAGGUUGCUAGGAUACCUACCCAAAGGCGUCAUACGUGAUACAGGUGACCUUGACAUGCUCGGACCCGAUUUCAAAUCAGCAUACACAGCCCGUCAGGUCGAUCCAUUCGAUGAAGAUGCGUGGGAUCAGAGCCGACGAUAGGACUGGGAUGCCCGUGAUUGUCAUAUGAACAAAUUAUCUGUGAUUCACUCGAACUUUUGUUGUUCUACCUUCUAAGAAAGGAAGUUUAUCAACAGGUGCAACCCACCUGCUGAUUAUAAAGACAAAUAUUUAAAAUUGGAAGGGAGAUACUGUUUAUGAUAAGGAAAUGGUUUGCUCUUGAUGAAAUCAAGCUGAUUUUAUCUAAAGAGG